CUGGUGCCCGCGCUAGGAUAAGAAGGAAGCCGCCAUUGGUCGAGAAAGGCGUCUCCGCCUCCUGCUCAGUCUUCCUGAAAGGCUUGCGGCAAGCACGGGGGAGAGUGGCUGCAAUGGCCGAGCCGCCUCCUCCAACGAGGGGGCUUCGACAAGCGCUGGAGGCUCAUCUGCAGGGCCUGGGCAUCCAAGCACUCAGUGUGGAACAUCCGGCAGUAUUCACAGUUGAAGAAAUGAUGCCUUAUGUCCAACAUUUAAAUGGAGCUCAUAGCAAAAAUCUUUUCCUUAAAGAUAAGAGGAAAAAAGGUUUUUGGCUGGUGACAGUUCUGCACAAUCGACAAAUCAAUUUAAAUGAUUUGGCUAAGAAACUGGGUGUUGGAAGUGGGAACCUGCGCUUUGCUGAUGGAGCAGCCAUGUUGGAUAAGCUGAAAGUUGGCCAAGGAUGUGCAACCCCCUUAGCUCUUUUCUGUGAUCAGGGAAAUGUGAACUUUGUUUUGGAUGCUGGCUUUCUGGAAGAAGGUCAUGAUAGGCUUUAUUUUCAUCCAAUGACCAAUGCAGCAACUAUGGGCCUGCACCCAGACGACUUCCUAAAAUUUCUGAAGUCCACAGGACAUGAACCAAUAAUUGUGCAUUUUGAUGAAAGCCACAAGUAGCUUUGUAACCCAAUAGAGUAACUGGGUUGGAACUUGGAACUUCUUUAACACACAUAAUGAAAUCCUGCAUUCGGAAAGGUUUCUAGGGUAGAAGUCAUCAUUGGAAAAUCAUGAGAGUAAAUCUCCACUCUUUUUAGUACAUUUAGUGCUGAUAUUUAUGACUCAUUCAUUCAUGAUAUACAAGAUUAGUAAAACACGCUAUUUGUGCACUAUACUUUGCUUCAUUUUUACUUGUUUCCUUUUAAUUUUUUUUAAAAUUUAAAUUGUAGUUUUUAUGUAUUUUAUUUUAUUGUGUAUGCCAUUCAGAAUCACUAUAUGACAUAGAUAGCUAUACAAAUACGAUAAAAUAAACUUAAUCCAGCAUUCUUUCUCAAGAGAGAAGUGACCCCAGUCCUGAUCAUGUGCAGUGUUGCUCCACCUACUUUGUGUCAUCACUCAUUGGGGCUCAGGAUGGUCCCUAAAGGUACCAAAGUGUACCAAAAGCUAUAAUAGGUCUUUUUCCAAUAUAGUGUUUAGGAAAACUCAUUAAAGUGCAAAGUAUGCAACAUGACUAUUCUUCUGAAGGGCCAAACAAGGUUAUUUCAAAAUAAGAGAAAGUUGACAGUUAUUUUGUUUCAAAUUUUAAUAACAUAAGUAGUGUACAAUGGCAAACAUUACAAAACUCCUUAAUAGGUAUAAGAAAAGGAAGUUACAACUUUAAAUAACAGUUUCUGUAUAACAGUGUUUAGAUUGUGUCACAGUGACAUGCUGUUUUUCCUUUAAGGCAGUUCCAUUCUGAACAGUGUUUGAGUUAUACACAAUACAAUAGAGUUUACAGAUAACUUAUAUUGGCCCCAUGUUGGAGCUGUGCCAUCUCUCAAAAUACAAGAAUUUUAAGAAAUAAUGCAUUCUGGAAAGAAUGUAGCUUUAGCAAUCAGCAGCAAUGGAAUGGGAAUAUUUUCAUUGUAUUACAGCAAAUUUGCAAAUUUUAUUUUGUAGCUGCUGAAUACUGUUGUGUAUAAAAAAAAAA